AUGCCGCCCGCGACGGCCACCAACAAGGUCUCCCUCCGGGAGCUGGCCGACCUGGCCAUCGGCACCCCGGAGGUGGGCGCCGUGAACUUCACGGCCCUUCACACGCUCAUCGUGGCCAUGCUCAAGAACCUCCACUUGCAGGACACCCGGGUGGACUUCCAGACUCUGUCGCCUGAGCCGAGUCGUUCCUUGGAGGGCGCACGGGCCUCGCUGAGCACCCCGCAGGUGGGUGUGCCCAAGGAGAAGCGGAGGAGCAGCGUGGCCAGGGUGCCGGCCCAGACGCUGGAUAGCCAGGUGAAGGACCUGGGUGGGCAGGUCCAGGACCUGAGCCGGCAGUUCAAGACCAUGGACAGCCAGGUGCAGGCCAUGCUGGAUCACAUGCAAUACUUCACUGCCCUGGUAAGCGGAGAGGACUUGGACGCCCAGGAGUGGCCGGAGACCCAGGAGAUGGAAAAGGACUUGGCUCAGGAGAUGGCCUUCUUCCAGAAACUUCUGCAACGGAUCGAGGAAAUAGAGCGGAUAGUCAGAAGCCGGGAUGAAGUCCUGGAACCCUUGAGCCGGAAGCUGACUUUGAUACCUCCUGGGGAAGAAGUCACCAUGGUCACCUGGGAGGAGCUGGAGCAAGCGAUCGCCGACGGCUGGAAGGGCUCGGAGUCAACAACAGCACUUCGGAAACGCAGAAGCUUAAGGCAGACGUCCUUAACAUCAAAUGACAUGGGUCCGAGCGGUUCUCUGGAUUCUGCUGGUGCCUUUGGCCCAGAUCAGACCUCACCAGGGACCGGCAGGUCAAGACACCCAUCUGAGGGCGUGCCUGGCAGGGAACAAGGCAGACUCGCCUCUGCCGCUGGGUUUCCUGGGAAAGAACAGCACCCGAGGGCCCGUGAUGAAGCCAGCCUGGCCAAAACCCAGCAACCCCCUCAGUCCCAACUCAGAGCGGAGCCUCGAGACCAGUCCGGCUUCGCACACCCUGGCCCCGCGCCAGAGGACUCAGCCUCAGCUAGGGGCGGGCGUCGUCCCGUGCACCCAGACCCGAUGAGGGCGGUGCAGGUCAGCCCGGGUCAAGUCUACGCAUGGCCAGAUCAGCACGAGUUGGAGCCACUUGUCCUGGAUCAGCCUGAAUUGCUACAGCCGAGCACUCACCCACCUGGCGUGUUCCCCUUCAGCACGAGCCCGCUGGGUAUGAUGCCGCCUGGAAUGGGUACGCAGGAAUCAGUAAUCCCCGGCAUGGGUCAGCAGGAUGUGGUGCCACCACGGGCACCUGGCACAGAGCAGCAAGGACUGGCACUACCUAGUGUGGAGCAGCCUGGUGUAGUUCCACUUGGCACAUAUCAACAAGGUGUGAGACUUCCUGGCACAGACCCGCGUGGUGUGGAAUGGGCUGGCAUGGACGAGAGUGGCGUGGGGCCGCCUGGCAUAGCUCAGCAGGGAUUUGCAGUAUUUGGCAUGGAUCAACAAGGACUGGUUCCCCUGAUUACAGACCAGCAUGUUCUGGGAUCAGCUGGUCUGAUGCAAGUUGUCGCAGACCAGCAAGGUUCUGUACAGCUCAGCGUGGAAACACCUGAAUUCGCACACCGUGGCUUACAGCAGUAUGUUGGGGACCAGCUUCGUGCAGUUCAGCCUGGUGCAGUCCAGCCUGGUGCUUAUCCACCUAGUUGGGUUCAACCUGGUGCAUAUCCUGGUUUAGUCCAGCCUGGAAUGGAUCAGACUGGUUUGGUCGAGCCUGGAGCAGUACAGACUGGUUUGGUCCAACCUGCAGCAGUACAGACCGGUUUGGUCCAACCUGGAGCAGUUCAGCCUAGUUUUGUCCAAUCUGGAGCAGUACAUCCUGGUUUUGUCCAAUCUGGAGCAGUACAGACUGGUUUGGUCCAACCUGGAGCAGUUCAGCCCGGUUUGGUCCAACCUGGAGCAGUUCAGCCCGGUUUUGUCCAGUCUGGAGCAGCACAGACUGGUUUGGUCCAACCUGGAGCAGUUCAGCCUGGUUUGGUCCAACCUGGAGCAGUUCAUCCUGGUUUUGUCCAGUCUGGAGCAGUCAGCCUGGUACAGGUCAGCCUGGUUUUAUCCAACCUGGCGCAGGUCAGCCUGGUUUUAUCCAACCUGGUGCAGGUCAGCCUGAUUUUAUCCAACCUGGUGCAGGUCAGCCUGGAACAGGUCAGCCUGGUUUUGUCCAACCUGGGUGCAGGUCGGCCUGGUACAGUCCAAUCGGGUGCAGGUCGGCCUGGUGCAGGUCAGCCUGGUUUGGUCCAACCUGGUGCAGGUCAGCCUGGUUUUGUCCAACCUGGUGCAGGCCAGACUGGUUUUGUCCAACCUGGUGCAGGUCAGCCUGGUGCAGUCCAACCUGGUGCAGGUCAGCCUGGUGCAGUCCAACCUGGUGCAGGUCAGCCUGGUGCAGGUCAGCCUGGUUUUGUCCAACCUGGUGCAGGCCAGACUGGUUUUGUCCAACCUGGUGCAGGUCAGCCUGGUGCAGUCCAACCUGGUGCAGGUCAGCCUGGUGCAGUCCAACCUGGUGCAGGUCAGCCUGGUGCAGGUCAGCCUGGUUUUGUCCAACCUGGUGCAGGUCAGCCUGGUGCAGUCCAACCUGGUGCAGGCCAGACUGGUUUUGUCCAGCCUGGUGCAGGUCAGCCUGGUGCAGUCCAACCUGGUGCAGGUCAGCCUGGUGUAGUCCAACCUCGUGCAGGUCGGCCUGGUGCAGGUCAGCCUGGUGCAGGUCAGCCUGGUGCAGUCCAACCUGGUGCAGGUCAGCCUGGUUUUGUCCAACCUGGUGCAGGCCAGACUGGUUUUGUCCAACCUGGUGCAGGUCAGCCUGGUGCAGUCCAACCUGGUGCAGGUCAGCCUGGUGCAGGUCAGCCUGGUUUUGUCCAACCUGGUGCAGGUCAGCCUGGUGCAGUCCAACCUGGUGCAGGCCAGACUGGUUUUGUCCAGCCUGGUGCAGGUCAGCCUGGUGCAGUCCAACCUGGUGCAGGCCAGACUGGUUUUGUCCAGCCUGGUGCAGGUCAGCCUGGUGCAGUCCAACCUCGUGCAGGUCAGCCUGGUUUGGUCCAACCUGGUGCAGAUCAACUUGAUUUGGUCCAACCUGGAAUGGAUCAGCAGGGUUUGGUUCAGAGUGGUGUAUAUCCACCUGGUUUGGUCCAGCCAGGGGCCUAUCCCCAUGGUGUGGUCCAGCGUGGUGCAUAUCGUCCUGAUUCCAUGCAGCCUGGGACGGAUCAGGGUGGUUUGAGCCAACCUGGUGCAGAUUACCAAGGCUUGGUACCACCAGGCACCGAGUUCCGCGGCUUCCCGUCCCCCUCAGAUUAUCCACCUUUUACACCAUCACGCCCGUAUCAGCACGGGGUGGUGCCUCGUAGCACAGAUCAUCCUACCCAGGUGUCAGCACUUCCAGCCUCGCAAGGUUUGAUGUCACCAGGUCCAGUCCAAGGAGGUUUGGCACCAACAGAAACUUAUCAACAGGGUUUGAUGCCCCCUGGCACAGACCAGCGUGGUCCGAUGCCGAUAAGCACAGGUAUGCAACCUGCACGCCCAGAGCAGCAGCCUCUGGCCCCACGUGGCCCGCAUCAGCGUGACCACACACCCUCUAUCCCGGGCGCCCAGGGCUUCGCGUACCCGGGCCCGAGUGGCCUGGGAUACCCAGAUAGCAAUAAGUAUGUCCGAGUCGUUUUGGAUCCAAAUCAACCUGAGACUUAUAUCCAGACUACCCCACGCCAGGAUGCCGCCUCUUCCAGGCAUACAGACUCCCCUCACCAUGUCGACCAAGUCUCACCUCAAAGGAGCAGUGUCGUGGGCGAGAGACACGACUCACUGGACAGAGUGGCCAUCAGCUUCCCUGUGGCAGUGGAGACGUUCCGUAUGAUGGGGGAGCUCAUCGCCCUCUACAUGGAGCUAAAGGAGACCAUGAAGGAGCUGGACGAGAAGAAGGCUGGCCAGUCCGACCUGGAGAAGAUCCAGUACCUGUUCUCCCUCAUGGUGCAAAAGACCAUCCCGCCGGAAGUUCAGGAGCAGACAAAGAACAUAAAGGCCUUGACCAAAGAAUUCCGGCAGGAGAAAGCGAAAAUGGACAAGAUACAGAAGAUCCUGGAGGGCGACGUGCACCCAGACACGGGGAAGGAGGUGAAAAGCAGCCAGCUGAGCUUGCAGCUGGGCCUCCUCAGAGUCACCAUGGCCGACAUCGAGAAGGAGCUGGCCGAGCUGAGGAACAGCCAGGAACGGGGCAAGGCCAGCCUGGAGCAUUCAGUCUCUGAAGCUUCCCUUUACCUGCAGGAUCAGCUAGACAAGCUCCGGAUGAUCAUCGAGGGCAUGCUGGCCUCCUCCUCCACGCUGCUGACCAUGAGCAUAGCACCUCAGAAGACCCCGAUAACCCUGACGCCCGGCCAUAUUGACCCUGGGGCCACCUGCCCAGCCUGCAGCCUGGACCUGGGCCACCAGGUCAGCACGCUGGUGCAGCGCUACGAGCAGCUGCAGAACAUGGUCAACGGCCUGGCGGCCUCCCGGCCCUCCAAGAAGGCCAAGCUCCAGAGCCAGGACGAGGAGCUGCUGGGCCACGUGCAGAGGGCCAUCCUGCAGGUGCAGGGCGACUGCGAGAAGCUCAACAUCACCACCAGCAACCUCAUCGCCGACCAUCAGCAGAAGCAGAAGGACAUCACCGCCUUGUACCAGGGUCUGCAGAAGCUGGAGAGGGAGAAGGCCAACCGGGAGCACCUGGAGAUGGAGAUUGACGUGAAAGCCGACAAGAGCGCCCUGGCCGGCAAAGUGAGCCGCGUGCAGUUCGACGCCACCACGGAGCAGCUGAAUCACAUGAUGCAGGAGCUGGUGGCCAAGAUGAGCGGGCAGGAGCAGGACUGGCAGAAGAUGCUGGACCGGCUCCUGCUGGAGAUGGACAGCAAGCUGGACCGCCUGGAGCUGGACCCUGUGAAGCAGCUGCUGGAGGACCGGUGGAAGUCCCUGCGGCAGCAGCUCAAAGAGCGCUCCCCGCUCUACCAGGCUGACGAGGCCGCCUGCAUGCGGAGGCAGCUCUUGGCACAUUUCCACUGCCUGUCCUGUGACCGUCCCUUGGAGACUCCUGUGACUGGACAACCCAUCCCCGUGACUCCCGUGGGGCCCAGCCUGCCGGGGAGCCGCUCCACCCGCCCCUACACCAUCUUCGAGCUGGAUCAGGUCCGGCAGCAGAGCCGCAGCCUGAAGCUGGGCAGCGGCGCCUUCCUGCGGGCCGACCUGGCGCCCCUGGAGCGGAGCGUGGGGCGCCUGCACUCCAUGCACUCCAAGAUGCUGAUGGACAUCGAGAAGGUGCAGAUCCACUACGGGGGCUCGGUCAAGGCCAGCAGCCAGAUGAUCCGCGAGCUACUGCAGGCCCAGUGCCUCAGCUCCCCCUGCUACAAACGGGUGCCGGACGUGUCGGACUACGCCUACUCGCCGGUGCCCCGGCCCUGCGGCGGCAGCCACACGCUCACCUACCCCUACCGCCGUGCCCGCCUGCAGCACCUGCCGCAGGGCCUGCACCCCGAGGAGAUCCAGCUCGCCCUGAAGCACGAGGUGGACAUCUUGGGUCUGGAUGGACACAUCUACAAGGGGCGGAUGGACACAAGGCUGCCUGGCAUCCCGAGCAAAGACACGUCCCCGUCGGGCUCGAGCAUCACCAGGCACAAGGCCAAGCUGUCGCGGCUGCUCCACGUGCAGCGGCACCCGUCGUCCCUCGGUGACAGCGGCCAGCUGCCCUCGCGGCCGCAGAGCGCCGAGGUGCCGGCCGGCAACAGCUCAGCUUCUCCUCGCCAGCGGACGGACAGGCCGGUCUCCUCGCAGGGACGCCUCUCGCAGCCGCUCAGCGCCCAGGAGGGGUCCGAGAUGCGCCUGGAAGUGCCUCCUGGGGAGGGGCUGGAGGAGCCCACCCGCGGGCCGAGGUCCUCCGCUGCUGACCGAGCGGAGCCCUGAAUAAAGGCCA